GUGAACAGUGUUUGUGCAAACGUUGAGCCAGCGGGUUGGUUUUCUAACAGGGCUUUCCGCGGUAGAGUGUUUUCCCCCCUCCCAAGGGUUCUAAGGGACUUUGCUUCUCGUCUUGACCGGUUUGUGUGCUGUCUCCUGUGCUGUUGUUUUUUAUUGAUCGGCGACGUCGCGGUAGCGUUGCAAGUGUUGUGUGUUUGUUUGCGACUUGCUUUGAGGACUUGGCCGUUUUGUUGUCGUCCCCGUCGGUACUUGUGAACAACCGUGCAAUAAGGGGAAAAACAAACAUCCUUCCGGUACCUGAACGUUAAAGUUUUCGGCUUUACGAGUAAAGCGAAGAGUAGGAUUUAUGGUUCUGAUCGAAGAUCAUCCUCCACGGCAAACUUUGAGGUUUGAGAAGGUGAUACUAGUUGAAAACUUGUUUGUGAGUUCGGUGAUGAAAUUUUGGUGAAUCUGUAACGGAAGCAAACGGAAAAAUUGGUGCGUUGACUGCAAACCACUGGGUUAUGUUAAUAGCGAUUAAGUGAUUGAGAGCGAUGGAAACGUGUGUACUAAUUCCGCAGGAGUUUGCUCUGGCCGUAACCGGCAUCGGGGCACGCAACUCUCGGGACCAGACGGCUACCGUGUGGUCCAAUUCUGCGAUUCCGCAGGGCACGCUGUGCUAUCCCUUCCAGGGCACAGUCCGGAUAGACAAUCUGGACGUGUACAGCUACGUGGACGAAGAUGAUAUUCGCCACCGCUUCGGCCUAUACGAUGAAGUGACCACCGUUAACGGGAGGCGAGUGCGCCACUGCAACUGGAUUCGAUUUCUGCGGGUGUCGGAAACGUACGGACCGCAGGUUAAUGUGAUCUGUGCCAAGGUGAAAGGUGAACCGAUUUACGAGAUUGUGAAACCAAUUCCGUCCCACCAGGAGCUGGUUGUGUACUAUCUGCCCGAGGGACCGGAGGAGCUAUUUUUUAUCCGAAUGAGAAAUCAGCUCUAUCGGCAGACGAUGGAUUCGAUACUGGAAGAUUCCCCGUUGGACCUGUCAACAUCGCUGCUGUCGCGGGUAAUGCUUCCCAUCUCACCCCCGUCCGGUGCCGAAGACGAGCGGAAGUCCGUUUCCGGUGAUAGUUCGAUUUCGAUCUCGUCCGGUGCCAGCACCAGCGGUGGCGAUCUGGACAGCGCCAUUCCCCCGCCUCGCAGCUCUCCGAAGGCGCGUCCCUCGCGGGGCGAACGAGCGAUGCUCCCGUGUGAAGUCUGCGGUAAAGCCUUCGACCGUCCUAGUCUGCUGAAGAGGCACAUGCGAACGCACACCGGCGAGAAGCCGCACGUUUGCGGUGUGUGCGGGAAAGGAUUCAGCACCUCCAGCUCGCUGAAUACGCAUGUGCGAAUCCACAGCGGGGAAAAGCCGCACCAGUGUCAGGUGUGCGGUAAACGGUUUACCGCUAGCUCCAACCUGUACUACCACCGAAUGACGCACAUUAAGGACAAACCACACAAGUGCAGCCUGUGCUCCAAGUCCUUCCCAACGCCCGGUGAUCUCAAAUCGCACAUGUACGUCCACAACGGCUCGUGGCCAUUCAAGUGUCACAUCUGCUCGCGAGGCUUCUCCAAACAGACGAAUCUGAAAAAUCACCUUUUCCUGCAUACUGGUGACAAACCGCACGUCUGCGAGGUGUGCAACAAAUCCUUCGCGCUCGCCUGUAACCUGAAGGCGCACAUGAAAACCCACGAGGAGGGUGCCGGGAAUGAGCACGACGGCGAAUCGCAGCGAGGUCCCGGCAGCAGCCACAGCGAAGGCGAAGAAACCAGCCCGCCGAUGUCGUUCGAGAAGGCCGAGGAGCGGUUGAAUUUCUCCAAGCAUCUACUGUUCUCCAACUACACCAAGCAGAUGCUGUCCGGUGUUGGCUGAGUGCUUCCUUUUCGAAGCCGACAGCCGAACGCUUCGUGGGAGAGUGUCAAAUCGGCGAGGACAGACGAACCGGUGACGGUUCGCGUUGUGUUGUGAGCGGACGCUUUCGUCUUUUUGCGCAAGCGCUACUUGCUACUUGUACUUAAUUUGUCGUGCACUGUGUGUAUAGUUUCUCACCCGUAUCUGUGUUUUUGUGUACAUUAAUUUUCUAAUGCAAAAAGGUAUCACUUCGAAGGGCUAUUCGUGUUUGAAGGAAAGAAAACUGUUUAUUUCGUUUUUUUCGUGUUGUAUCGUUAGUCGCCGGACGCACUGCUGUAAAUAGGUUCAACUUUGAUAUCGGAAAUACUAAGUUGUGUGAUUAAUCCCCGUAUCAGUAAC